GAAGUGACGUUGUCUCGUUGCGUUUUGUUUCGGUGCGGCACAGAAACAAGGGAUUAAGUUCACGGGCAGCGAUGUCGUUUUGCUCCUUUUUCGGCGGAGAGGUCUUUAAAGACCACUUUAAACCAGGGAUUUACGUUUGCUCCAAGUGUGACCAUGAGCUGUUCUCCAGCCGCUCCAAGUACGAGCACUCGUCCCCCUGGCCGGCCUUCACAGAGACGGUCCAUGAAAACAGCGUGUCCAAAUAUAAGGAGAGGCCCGGGGCUUAUAAGGUAAAGUGUGGGAAGUGUGGAAACGGCCUGGGGCAUGAAUUUGUGAAUGACGGUCCGGCCAAGGGGGUUUCUCGCUUCUGAAUAUUCAGCAGCUCACUGAAGUUCGUCCCUAAAGAUAAGGUCGAUGGACAAUAAAGUGAGCGGCGAGGGAGUGCCGAAGGAUUAGGAGCUUCUCUGUGCUGCAGAAGGUGCGGGCAGCGAAUGAAGGGUUCUGGGUCAAAGUCCUCUCAGGGAGCCCCAGGACUCUGAUGAAUGACGGCCUCACUGGAAAAGCGAGGACACAGAGCAGCAGUGGAAACCCUUCAGCUAUGCAAUUUAUCACAGAUCGAGCUACUAGAUUCAGCGCACAAGUCACACCCUGAUACGAACACGGGCUGUUUAUAUCAGUUCGGCGCUUUUUAUCAGCCUGUCGGAAAGAAACGGGAGAAGUCCUUUCUAGGGAUUAACCGAUAUUUUUGAACAACGUACGACAUACACGUAAAAUUCCUUAGAUUGUUCUAUGAGAUAAGUAUUUUAUGUAAAUUUAUGCACAAUGAUCGCUAUGUUUUAAAUAAAAGACAAAUAAAUGUG